GGGCCCUAAGAAUGAAUGAGGUCUGAUAGAUCAGAGGCAAGAGGCAAGUGGCGGGGUCGGGGCGGGGUCCGCAGAGGCCUGGCGCGUGAGGCCUGGCGCGUGACCCGAGCCCGGACGGGCCGGGCGGCCGGGCGGGGCGGGGCCGGGUCACCGGGGGCAGCAGCGCGCCCCGCCCCGGGGGAGUGUCCCGCCGGGCGCAGACACCUUAAGGGCCUGCGGGCCGGGGAGGAAGCCUGCGGAGGGGUGACCAGCGCGAGAUCUGAGUUAGGAUUUAAGUCGGGGUCUGAUCGCACCGGCGAGGGAGCCAUGGCGUCGUCCGGGCCGCUGGUGCCGCCGCUGCUGCUGCUGCUCGUGCUGCUGGCGGGCGCGGCGCGGGCCGGCCUCCACUUCCGCCCGGGCCGCGGCUGCUACCGGCCUCUGCGGGGAGACCGGCUCACCCAACUGGGGCGCAGGACGUACCCCCGGCCUCAUGAGUACCUGUCCCCGUCGGAUCUCCCCAAGAGCUGGGACUGGCGCAAUGUGAAUGGGGUCAACUACGCCAGUGUCACCAGAAACCAGCACAUCCCCCAGUACUGUGGCUCCUGCUGGGCGCAUGGCAGCACCAGUGCCAUGGCGGACCGGAUCAACAUCAAGAGGAAGGGGGCGUGGCCGUCCACAUUGCUGUCGGUGCAGCACGUGAUCGACUGCGGCGACGCGGGCUCUUGUGAGGGGGGCAACGACCUGCCGGUGUGGGAGUAUGCCCACCGGCAUGGCAUCCCCGACGAGACCUGCAACAACUACCAGGCCAAGGACCAAGAGUGUGACAAGUUUAACCAGUGUGGGACGUGCACUGAAUUCAAAGAGUGCCACGUUAUCCAGAACUACACCCUCUGGAAGGUCGGUGACUACGGCUCCCUUUCGGGGAGGGAGAAGAUGAUGGCAGAAAUCUACACCAAUGGCCCCAUCAGCUGUGGCAUAAUGGCAACAGAAAAGAUGUCUAACUACACUGGUGGCAUCUACUCCGAAUACAACGAGCAGGCCUUCAUAAACCACAUCGUCUCCGUGGCCGGGUGGGGUGUCAGCGAUGGCAUGGAGUACUGGAUUGUCCGGAACUCGUGGGGAGAACCAUGGGGCGAGCACGGCUGGAUGCGGAUCGUGACCAGCACCUACAAAGGUGGGGAGGGCGCCCGUUACAACCUGGCCAUCGAGGAGAGCUGCACGUUUGGGGACCCCAUCGUUUAAGGCAGAGCAGCUCAUACAGAAAGGAUCGCGAGAGCCGGAACCAGAGGGGAUCCCAUUGUCACAGGCACCGGGGUGGCGCUGCCGUGGUUUGAAGGAACUGGGGGUUGACGUUCACGUGACAGCCAGUGAUGGCCCUGAGCACCGAGGACAGGCACGGUGGAAAUGCCACACAGGCUGACAUGGGGGCGAGCCGGGGAGCCGCCAGCUCCGUGCCCGCACUGGACGGCUUCCUGCCGCGAGAACAGCCUGGAGAAGCGGGAUCUGAGGGGCAGUGAACGAUGUGACCUCCGUAGCAGAUGACUUGGCAGCUGUGGUCUGGGAGGAAAAACAGCUCGCACACACCACCAGUUCCUUUGUCACCUUGAAACCAAUGGGGCGCACAGGGGGGGAGAUGGUAAUUUCGAGUUGCCCAAGUGAUGAAUAAAAUGCACACUUCACACCAGAA